CUUUCCUCUCCCAGGGACCUGGUGUCCUGGUAUCCAGCUCCUUCCCACUCAGGCACAGGAGUCCAGGCCCCCAGUCCCCUCUUCUGCCAGGACUCAGGAGUCCAGCUCCUGCCCCGUCUCUCCCCUUCCCCACAGAUCACCAUGUACAGCUUCAUGGGUGGCGGCCUCUUCUGUGCCUGGGUGGGGACCAUCCUCCUGGUGGUGGCCACAGCGACAGACCACUGGAUGCAGUACCGGCUGUCGGGGUCCUUCGCCCACCAGGGCCUGUGGCGGUAUUGCCUGGGCAGCAAGUGCUACCUGCAGACGGACAGCAUCGGUGAGGCUCUGGGGCAGGGUCUGGGCCACGCCUGGGGUCCGAGCCCCCACAGGUCAGGGUCAAAGGGCCACCUGUUUUGCAGAUGGAAAACAUUGUGGCUCAGAGAGGGAAGGGGACAAGCCCAAGCAUACUGGAAUGCCACCCGGGCCUUCAUGAUCCUGUCUUCCCUGUGUGCCACCUCCGGCAUCAUCAUGGGCAUCCUGGCCUUGGCUCAGCAGCCCUCCUUUGCCCGCCUCUCCCGGCCCUUCUCCGCGGGCAUCAUGUUUUUUGCCUCCACCUUUUUCGUGCUGUUGGCCUUGGCCAUCUACACUGGAGUCACCGUCAGCUUCCUCGGUCGCCGCUUCGGGGACUGGCGCUUUUCCUGGUCUUACAUCGUGGGCUGGGUGGCCCUCCUCAUGACUUUCUUUGCAGGUAUUUUCUACAUGUGUGCCUACCGGAUGCAUGAAUGCCGGCGCCUGUCCACUCCCCGCUGAGCCCACAUCCAUAUGCAUCCCGGACCCACCUGCAUCUGGAAGUUAUAAUGAGGUCACUGAAGAGGAGAGGGAGGGUCCAGAGGCCUGGACUCUGGGUGGGGGCCCCGGACUCCUGUGUCCCAAGGGGGAAGGAGGAAGAAUGGGGCCUGGUGGGCGGCAGUUGAGAGGACCCAAGGCCCCACCCAUUGGGGGGGUGUUAGAGAAAUGGAAUGUGCGUUAGAGCGACUUUUUGGAGUCUAAUAAAACCGUUGUGAAACUACUGAAGUGUGGUCCCCGAGGGGCUGGAGAGAAACAGGUGGGAGUCUGGUGGAUGGGGUUGGGGGUCGUAUUACGGCAACCCAACCUGCUCAGUUCUGUGGGCAUGGGACGGAAGCAAAUCCCACAGUCCCCGUCCAGGGGUUCAUUACACUUCAACUUCAGGAAACUGACAUGUAAGUCCAGUUCGGAUCCCGAUUCCGAUGCGUGUGUGUGUUUAACCCCACACCACCAAGCAGUUAACUCAAUUCUGAUGCCAUCUACCUGGAAAUAGUGUCACAUCCCACAGCUUCCAGGCUCAGUCCUACAAGACUGUCCCCCGCCCCCACUUCAGACACCAAACACAAGUCCAGGUUGUCACCUGUGCUUCUGACCGACCAGCUAUAGAUCAGAGGUUCCUACGACCCUCUCCUUGGGUUGAUUAAUUUACUAGAGUGGGUCACAGAACUGAGGGAAACAUUUUACUUCCUAGAGCACUGUUUUAUUAUAAAAGGAUAUUAUAACUCAGGAACAGCCAGUUGGAAGAGAUGCAUAGGGUGAGGUAUGGGGACAGGGCGCAGAGCUUCCACGCUCCCUGAGCAGACCACACUCUCCAAACCUCCGCAUGUUCACCAACCUGGAAGCUCUAUGAACUUGGCCAUUUUGGGUUUUUCUGGAGGCUUCAUUACAUAGGCAGGAGUGAUUAAAUCUUUGACAGUUGACCGAUUCAACCUCCAGUUCCUCUCCCGUGGCCGGCCGGAGGUCAGGAAGUGGGACCUCUAAUCACCGGGUUGGCUCCCUGGCAACCAGGCCCCACCCUUAGGUGCUUUCCCAAAGUCACCUCAUUAACAUAACAAGACAUAUUUACAGCUCUCAUCACUUAGGAAAUUCCAAGGGUUUUAGGAGCACUGUGCCGGCAACAGGGACAAAGACCAAACAGGUAUUGCUUAUUAUUAAUCAUGAUUUCACAGCAGGACAAUCGGAUGCCUGAAGAGACCUGUGAUAAAGCCACUGCCCUGGCUCCUCACCCCAUCUCUGGCCACAUCUCCCAGCCUUCUCUUCCCCUCUCUGGUUCGGCCCCUCCAACAAGACGCAUCAGAACUCUGACCUGCACCUCGGCCUCCAGCAACUCCCUCUGCACACGCCCUUCGUGACCUUGACCUUCUCUUCAUUCACUCAUUCAUUAGUUCAUUCAAUAAACGGAUGCCAACGGCCAUGAGAUUUACUGAUGUCGAUCAUAAAAUAAUAAGACUGUUUAGCAAGGCCGAUUCUAUCAAGAAGAAUAUUUAUUACAGCCUAUGCUAAUAACUUAUAUUAACAGAGGCUUACUCCCUAGAAAUAAUAUUUAUUGGGGGCCUCCUCAAAUAACAGUAAUGCCGUAUUUAUAGAGGCUUCCUGCAUAAUGGCAACUGAGGCCUUCUCUAAUAAUAAUUUAUUGAGGUCUAUUUAAGUAGGAAUAUUUACUGAGGCUUAUCCCAGUAAUCAUAUUUAUAGGGGCUUCCUCCAGCAAGAAUAGGAUGUUGUACUUGUAACUGCAGACUCAUAUCUCUAACUCCUUACUCAACAUUCCCACUUGAAAAGAAGAGGCACCUCACAUCUCUAACACUGAGUUCCUGAUCUCUCACAACCCCACAUCUGCUCCUCCCAUGGUCUCCUGCAUCUUAGUAAAGGAUUCCAUUUUUAUCCAACUGCUCAACCCAAAAACGCUGGGAGCAUCCUCAGCUGCUUUCUUUGUUUCAUCCCACAUCUGAUUCAUCAGCAAAUACUGUUGGCUCUUCCUUUUUU